AUGGAGCAACUGCUCGACUUUCUCAGUCAAAACCCUCAGAUACACCAUGUCAUACCCUCUUCCCCAGAUUUCAACAAUCUUCGCUCGGGGUAUGUGAUUGACUCUAUAGUACCGGCAAUCAUAGUGCGACCUCGCUCGGCAGAUGAUGUCGCAGGUCUGGUUACCAUCCUUAGGAACAACUCUCUGGCCUUUUCAGUUCGGGUUGGCGGUAGUGACAUGUUCAACCGGUUCCAUGUUAAAGACACUGUGACGAUCGAUCUACGAGAAAUCGCCCACAUAAAUGUGGAUCGAGAAAGCCAGACUGCUCGGAUAGGUGGAGGUGUCAUUAUUUCGGACUUACUCAGGGUCCUCGACGAGCAUGGCAUGGUUGCGCCACAUCCAAUUAUUUCAAGUGUUGGAUUUGCUGGUUGGGCCACGCACGGGGGAUAUGGCCUUUUGAGCUCCGAGUACGGUAUGGGCGCCGAACAAAUUCUCCAGGCCAAGAUAGUUGGCGCCGACGGAGCUGUUCGCGAUGCGGACGAAGACAUGUUGACUGUAAUUCGAGGCGGCGGAGGAGCAUUGGGCGUGAUUAUCGAGUUGACCAUCAGAGUCUAUCCUUUGACUCAGCUGCUUGCGGGUUUCAUUAUUUACGAUUCCGAAGACUUGCCCAUGACAAUUAGACGAUACAAUGAUGCCUAUCGCCAGCAGAAGGAAGCUGGAAUUCCUAAAGAACUCAAUCUCUUCCAGUCAGUCACGAACGGCCCUACUGGCAAGGCCAUGGGUGUCAUCUUUGUUUGGGCAUCCUCUGACUUUGAUGCGGGACAAAAAUGGCUGUCGAUAGUGAGCUCAUGGUCUCACGUGGCCAUGAGCACUGUAGCGCCUACAACGAUGAGUGUAUUCAACGAAUCAACAAAGACGAUUGCCCCCCAGUCUGCCUAUGGGAAAUCUCUUACCUUGAGUCUUCGUGAACUCACUCCUGAAGUGGUGGAGAUCAUAUGCAAACAUGCAUCUUUCCAGCCCAACAGCCCAGCCACCAUCUUUGGUAUGCACGAGCUGCGUGGAUGUGCUCCACAGCCUCCCCUGAAUACCCUCAUAGCCCACCGUCACCCACAUUUCGUCAUGGAGCUGUUGCCUACGGUUCGUGACGCUGAUUUGCUCGAUGCCGCAGUGGCCUGGGCCCAUGAAUUCUAUGAGGAUCUUAUGAAAACUGAUCCUGCGAAUAUCAUGGCCUCGACUUACCUUCCGCUUACUGAACCUGGCAAAGUCAAUAUGAAAGGUAUCUUUGGGGAUAAGUAUGAAUUUUUGAAAGUGAUGAAACAUCGACAUGACCCGGACAAUGUGUUCAAGCACGCAUUAGUGAGAUUGUAA